CGGAAACGUGGCAGCGAACAGAGCGCUGUUGGCACUUCUCAUGAGUGUGACGAGUAUUCCCCGGCUAUCUCGCCGUAUGGAUCGAUCGAGUAAUACGAGAGGUUUUGUGUGCUAAGCAAGCGAGGACAAUAAUUACCGUCGUCCAACACUUUCGACACAAAAAUGAAGUGGCACAUUUGGAUCGCAGCGUUAGCUGCAUUAUGUAUGACCGUAUGUGCGGAAGAAGAGGAAGAAGCUGCUAGGCUGUUAGUUUCCAAACAGAUACUCAACAAAUACCUAGUAGAAAAUAUGGAUAUAGUUAUUAAGUAUACUAUUUAUAAUACUGGCAAUGUUGCCGCAUUGGAAGUUGAGAUUACUGAUAACUCAUUCCAUCCGGAUCAUUUUACUCACAUGAGCGGUGAACUGAACGCCCGGAUUGACCGUGUACCUCCUUACACUAAUGUAAGCCACACGGUGGUUGUUAGGCCGCGCAAAUUUGGCUAUUUCAAUUUUUCCUCGGCUGAAGUUUUGUACCGUCGCAAAGAGGAUGCUCCCAGAUUACAAGUAGCUGUAAGCAGUGAGCCUGGUGAAGGACUCAUUGUGGCGUACAGGGAUUAUGAUAAGCAGUUUUCAUCUCAUGUGGUCGAUUGGGUUGCCUUUGCUGUCAUGACUCUACCCUCCCUGCUCAUUCCAUUUGCUCUGUGGUACUCGAGUAAACGCAAAUAUGAAAAAUUGCUGAAAAACACAAAAAAACACUGAUCAUAUAUUUUAAGCCUUUUUUCAAAACUUUCUAGAUCACUUUACAAAUUUUCCUAUGUCAUUGUAAGAGAAACACGACUGUUCAACUACAUACAUAUACUUUUGUAAUAAACGUUACUAUUUAUGAAAAUUA